GGUUAUUAGACAGUAGUCAAGAUGAAAUGGAUUAAUUGCAGCGUUGUAAUUUGCUCAGUGAUUUCGUUCCUUGCGGUGGUUUCUGCAGUUGCUAAAGCGGGUGAAGAUGGAGGAUUUUUGCUGGACCCUUUACCAACAGAGGAUCCAGAACCUUCAACGACGCCGGUAUUUUUGGAAGAACCUCAGGAUUCUUUUGUUAUUCGAAACAAACCCGCUACGUUGUCAUGCAAGGCCCGCCAUGCACUGCAGGUGUACUUCGAAUGCAAUGGACGGUUGGCAGAGCACAGGCAGCACAGUUUGCAGCAGUACGUGAACCCGAUGACAGGUGUGCGACAGGUGGAAGUGUCUGUCGAUGUCACUAGAACUGACGUGGAGAAAAUUCUCGCAGGGGAUGUCUAUAGCUGUGUGUGUCACGCUUGGUCUUCCACUGGACGUAUCAAAAGCAGAAAAGCCGUCGUCAGUCUUGCCUCCGUAGAUGGUCGUUGGACUUCCUGGUCUUCUUGGUCUGGGUGUGGACUGGAUUGCCGCCACCAUCGACGACGUUCCUGUUCUAACCCCAGCCCUUCCAAUGGUGGCAGGUACUGCGCCGGCAAAGAUCUGGUUUCUACAAAUUGCACAGGAGGAUUAUGUAAAAUUGGAAAAGAAAAGGAACCAGCUUUAUCAUACGGGACUGAAGCACAGGAAGAAGCUACCCCGGCUGAAACAGAAGCAGAUGUUGCCUUAUAUGUGGGUGUAUUCGUUGCGGUGGCUGUCUUCGUGUUUGUCGUGAUCGCUAUGGUGAUGCUUGUUCGCAGGAUCAAGGGAAGGGACCCUUGCAUGUACAGAGGAGCAGGAACAGAUGUGAUUCCUGUUCAACCAGAUCUGACCCAAACAGCGCUGGGAAACGGGGUGCAACUGAACGGUGGUAACUAUGUGGGCGGCGACAAGAUGGUAACCCCUCUGCUUUCUCACCACCACCACGCCUUUCCUCCGAGCCCGGCCCAGAGUCGCGCACCCCUGCUCGACCAGCCCCACCAGCAACAGCGAUCGCUCACUCCAAGUUCGACCGGAAAACCGCCCCACUCUGGCUCUUGCCCCUCCGUUAUUUCAUCUUCCUCUUCAACAGUGUCCCAUCCUUCCACGCUGUCCGACUCCGAAGGUCCGUCGGGUCGACAUUCGGUGACGUCAGCAGCUCUUCCCCCGAAUCUGGACAUUGAGUGCAUCGCUUGGGGAACUGUCACCAAAAGCGGAGGUCGAAUUACCAUACCUGGUUCCGGAAUUACUCUCACCAUACCUCCUGGAGCCAUCAAAAAAGGAGCCAAUGUUGAAGUUUAUGUAGCCGUGCUAAGGGAAGAUAAAGAUCGGCCGAGAUUAUCAGAUAAAGAGACGAUAUUAAGUCCGGUCGUACUAUGUGGACCCACAGGAGUCUAUUUGAAGAAAUCAGCCAUCAUCACUUUCCAACAUUGUGCUCUACUGAACGCCGAAAACUGGAAGAUCAGUAUUCAGGAGAGUGAAAGCGGAACCGAAGAAGAAAAUCCGGAGUGGAAGAGUGUAGUGACUUUGGGCAGUGAGACAAUCAAUACCCCUUUGUAUUGCCAACUAGACGGUCGACAAUGUCACGUGGUCACGGACCAUCUAUGCCGUUACGCAAUGAUCGGAGAGUCUGAAGAAAAAAGCGGUUGGGCUCUGAAAUCUCUAGCCCUGGCGGCUUUUGCUCCAGCAAUGUACUCUGCGGUGGAUUACAACAUACGGGUAUACUGCGUGGAAGAUACCAAAGCAGCUUUACAAGGUGUUUUGCAAGUGGAGCAGAAGCUUGGAGGAAAGUUACUGGAUCGUCCUAAAUCCAUGCCUUUUCAAGACGGAGGAGCCAAUCUUUGCCUUUGUCUAGAGGAUGUAGCCUUGGGAUGGAGGUGUAAGCCAGGUGCUAAUUACCAGGAAAUCCCCUUUCAGCAUGUUUGGAACGGACGCCAGAACAAUCUUCACUGCUCUUUCACUCUAGAAAAUAUUGACAGAUCACAGAAAGUACGCUGUCACAUUCUUGUCUAUCAAAGAGGCAUCCAAGCGCACAGACAAUUAUUAAAAGUAAACCCUCAAGACAUACGAGAGAAGAGCAACGUGCCAAGUCCUACGCUGAAUUGGACGAAUCAAGCUCUGGGUUCCACGGUGACGGCCAAUGAGAACGGCUGCCCCUUGGUGGCCCUCGAUCAGCCCAUCGCAGGAUUCAGGCUAACAACUCAAGCAAGAAAACAGUUAAGAGCAUACCUAGAUCCUCCCAAUUCAAAUGGGAAUGAUUGGAGGAGAUUAGCUCAAGAAUUAAAAGUUGAUAGGUACAUUAACUAUUUUGCUACUAAGCCCAGUCCAACAGAGCACAUUCUAGAUUUAUGGGAGGCAAGGCAUCGAGACUCAAGUGCCCUCACGGACCUGUUGAAUAUUCUCAGAAUGAUGGGCAGAGAAGAUGCUGCACUAUGUCUCGAAAAAGAAGCUGGCUCUUGGCUCUGA